GAGGGGGGGGGGGGGGCGUGUGGGAACUCCGCCCGCCGCGUCGGUUAGUCUCUCGAGUCGACCUACUACGCGGGCUGCUUGCGACGGUGGCGGACAUUUUGUGUCUCUCGGGAUCAAAUCGUCCCCUUCCUAUGCUGGCGGCGUCCCCUUCCCAUGCUGGUGGCGUCCCGUAGCGCCCAAGGAGCACGUCGGUCCCGUCAGGCGAAGCUUUUUGGAGCCUCUUCGGCGGCGGCCGUCGAGCACAGCAGCGACAGGAUGCCGGGCAUGAUGGACAAAGGCUCCGAGUAUUUGGGCAAGGCUCGCUCCAACGGCACCAAGAGUCCUUCCAACGCGUCCAACGGACACUUGACGGACGAAAGCGGCAGCGACGACGAGCACGAUGUUGGCAUGCGGGUCGGAGCCGAUUACCAGGCCAACAUUCCUGAUUACGAGGCCGGCUCCAGCAAAUACUCUGAGCGGGACAGCGGCGGGAUGUUGGUGUGGUCUCCUUAUCAUGACAUCGAAGACGCCAAACUGGACGAGUACAUCGCACUGGCCAAAGACAAGCACGGCUACAAUGUGGAGCAGGCCCUGGGGAUGCUCUUCUGGCACAAACACAACAUCGACAAGUCUUUGGCUGACCUCCCCAACUUUACGCCUUUUCCCGACGAGUGGACGGUGGAGGACAAAGUUCUCUUUGAGCAAGCGUUCAGUUUUCACGGCAAAAGUUUUCACCGCAUCCAACAGAUGCUUCCAGAUAAAUCCAUCUCCAGCCUGGUCAAGUACUACUACUCGUGGAAGAAAACCCGUUCCAGAACCAGUCUGAUGGACCGCCAAGCCAGGAAGCUGGCCAGCAGGAGCAACCGAGGCGACAGUGACGAGGAGAUGGAGGAGGCCAACGCCGCCGAGCCAAACGACAGCGACUACGACCCCAACAAGGAAGCCAAGAAAGAGAACCCGGCGGAGCUCACCGCGCCCGCGGCGCCCACCGCCAAGUCGGUCCCGGGCCGGCGGGAGCACCAGACGCUGCAGCACCGCCACCAUCAGCGCUCGCGGUGCCGCCCCCCCAAAGGCAUGUACCUGAGCCAGGACGACGUGGUGGCCGUCUCCUGCGGCGCCGCUGCCGCCAACGCGCUCCUGCGCCAGCUGGACAUGGAGCUAGUGUCCCUCAAGAGGCAGGUUCAAAACGCCAAACAGCUGAACAGCGGACUCAAGCACGUCUUGGAACGUGGAAUCGAGGCCUUCCGCUUGCCCGAGAGCGCUCAGAAGGUGAACGCUCGCUGGACCACCGACGAGCAGCUGCUGGCCGUUCAAGGAGUCCGGAAGUAUGGCAAAGACUUUCAGGCCAUCGCCGACGUCAUCGGCAACAAAACGCUGGGGCAGGUGAAGAACUUUUUCGUCAACUACCGGCGGCGUUUCAAUCUGGAGGAGGUGCUUCAGGAGUGGGAGGCGGAGCAAGGGGACGGCGCCUCCGGGGAGGAGCUGAAGAACACGUCCGCCACGCCCUCCGGGAAGAGCACCGACGAGGAGGACGACGAGGCCGCCGCUUCGGGGGCGUCUCCGGCGGUGGCUUCGUCUCAGACGGGCGUGACGCCGAGCCCCGCCUCCUCGCUCCACCACCAGCCGCCGCCCCUGCUGCGGCCCUCGCUGCCGGCCACGCCAUCCCUGCAUCGCCAGCCGCCGCCCCUGCAGCAGCAGCCCCACCCGAGCUCGCAGCAGAGCCGGCCCGCCUUGCAGCAGCCGCCGCCCCUCAUCCGGCCCACCAACGCCCCGCCCCCUCGUCUCAACCCCCGCCCGUCCGGCCCCGCCGCCCCUCCGCAGCCUUCGGCCGACGCGGGCUCCUCGUCGUCGUGUCUCCAGUAACGUGCGCCGAGGAGAGGCCAUCCGCCUGCCCGCCCAAACGGCAUGUUGACAACGGAACACUCGGGCGGGACCAAACGCCUUGGUGACACUCGAGCAUGCUCGAGCCUGUCCCAGCUGUCAGGUUGCCAGAGACCAAUAAGCAUCCGCGCCUCCAGGCAAUUUAGAGCGCUCAAUCGUUUUUGGGAUGUGGGAGGACCCGGAGAAAAGCCAGCGCUUGUCGACAUGAGCGUUCUUGUGGCAGCAAUUGGUUUGGACAAGCAGUUGCUCGACAGCGCCGCCCGGUGUUUUGAGUAAGAUUGCUUCAGCAUGUUUGAAUUGGAGCUUUUGUUGCGUUUGCAUAUUGCUUGUCGAGCCCAUGGGCGGACACUUGCCAAAGAAGGACACAAAGUUCACAUUAAAACAUGUCAUGGGCA